AUGGAAGUAAAAGUGGGCGAUAGAUAUAAAGUUGGUCAUAUUAUUGGAUAAGGUUCAUUUUUUGGAAUUCCAAAUGUAAGAUGGUUUGGAGAAGAAGGAGAUUUCAACAUAAUGGUUAUAGAUAUAUUAGGUUUAAAUUUAGAGGAUUUUUUCACAUAUUGUAAUCGUAAAUUUUCUUUAAAAACAGUACUUAUGAUAGCUGAUUAAAUGAUCGAAAGAAUAGAAUAUUUACAUAAUCAUAAUUUUAUUCAUAGAGAUUUGAAACCGUCAGAAUUUUUAAUAGGUUAAGGUAAAAAAGCUGAUGUUAUUUAUUUAAUUGAUUAUGGUCUUGCAAAAAAAUAUAGAGAUCCAAGAACUACUCUUCAUAUUCCUUAUUAAAAUACAAAUAAUUUAACUGGAACAGCGCGUUUUAGUUCUAUAAAUACUCAUUUAAAAAUAGAAUAAAGUAGAAGAGAUGAUCUUGAAACAAUAGGAUAUUGUCUUGUUUAUUUUUUAAAAGGAACUCUUCCUUGGAUGGGUAUUAAAGUAGAAAACAGAUAAGAAAAAUAUUAAUAUAUCGAGGAUAAAAAAAUAUCUACACCAAUAGAAGUUUUAUGUGAAGAUUUACCAGAGGAAUUUAUUACUUAUUUGAAAUAUUGCAGAAGCCUUAAAUUUGAAGAAAAACCAGAUUAUGUUUGGAUAAGAAGACUGUUUAAAGAUUUAUUUUAUAGAUGUGAAUAUAAAUGGGAUUUAAUUUUCGAAUGGGCAGAAGUAGCAGUGAUAGAUGAAGAUAAUAAAAAAUGA